UUGAUCGAAUACAGUUAAGGAUUUAAUUUGUUAACGAUGCAUAACAGAAGUUCAUCAAAAAUGACUGAUUAACAAUUUUGCAAUUUGGGAAACUGAAUGAUUAAGGGCAUUAUUAUCUGUAAACAUUAUUUAUUGACUUUAUGAACGAAUCACUUAAGUCAAAGAGAAAUGUCAACAAUGUCAAUAAUAAAACAUGACCAGUGCGCGUAAAGGCGGUUUGCGUUCUCGAAAUAAAUAAUUCUUAUUCUAAUUAUAUUUCAUAGUUUUAAAAAUGAUGUAAACAGGUUUUGCUUUUGUUAUACUUUCAAAUAAUUCAGGAGUUUUAGUCAAAAAACUGGGAUUUUCUAAACCUUGCAGCAACUGUUUGCAAUGGGCUCGUCUCCAUUUCGCAGACUCCUGCACUGGGGUCCUAUAGCGGUUUUAUGUAUCAUCAAAUUGAUAACAUUGGCGAUGGUACAUCUGAUUGGCAUGUGGUGGCCACCGCACUCGUCCAUCUCUGCAGCAUUGCAUGCUGCUACCUUUUUAAGUUUAGCAGUUUCCACACUGUAUUUUUUCCUUCAGUCUUUAUUGGAAGGACCUGGCUUUGUACCACUGGGUUGGAGACCAGACAAUGAAUUGGACAUUUUAAAACUUCAGUUUUGCACAAUUUGUAAUGGCUACAAGGCACCUCGGUCACAUCACUGCAGGCAAUGUGGCUACUGUGUAAUGAAAAUGGAUCACCAUUGUCCUUGGAUUAACUGUUGCGUAGGGCACAGCAACCACGGUUACUUCACUCUAUUCCUGAUAUCUGCAGUGUUUGGAUGCUUGCAUGCUUCUAUUGUUCUGUCAAUUUGUGUUUACCAUGCAAUCAAUCGUGUGUGGUAUAUGCACAAUGGCACAGGCCAGGAGCCCAUCGUCUACCUCACUCUAACCACACUCCUCCUGACCCUGUUAGCUGUCGGUAUGGCCAUAGGAGUGGUCCUGGCUGUAGGCACUCUACUAUUCCUACAGAUUCGUGGCAUCCUCCGCAACCGCACUACAAUUGAGGAUUGGAUAAUGGAGAAGGCGGCGAACCGUCGCGAGGAGCAGGGGCUGCCGACCUUCGUGUUCCCCUAUGACCUGGGCUGGCGCUGCAACCUGAACUUCCUGCUGCACAGCCAUCGCUACGACGGCCUGCACUGGCCGCUGCGCCUUGGUUGUGGACAGUAUGACCUUACUAUGGAGCAGAUAGCGCAGAAGGAGGAGAAGCGGCUGCGGUCGCGGCUGUUCGUGGCGCAGGAGGAGUACGGGGGGCAGUGGGUGCCGCUGCGGCGGCCGCGCGCGGCGCUGGCGGCGCCCUGCAGCGCGGAGCCCCGCCUGGCGCUGCGCCCCGGGGACCUCGUGCGCGCCACCAGGCAGCGCAGGCACUGGUUGUUCGGCGAGCUGGUAGUGCGGUCGGCUCGCGGGCCGCGCGGCUGGUUCCCCAGCGCGGUGGCGGCGCCGGCCGACGCGCGCGCGCUCGCCCUCGCCCGCGACACCGAGCGCGCACAACACGCACAGCACGCACACGCCAAGCCAGACUAGCGCUGACAUUAACUUUUAUAUUUUGACACGAAAUAUUUUUAUACACAUAUUUUUUAUAUUCACACUGUAAAAAUCAGUUGUGAAUAUUCUCUACAAUUUUUUUUUUUUUUUAGUUUUUAGACAAAAACUAUAUAAUACUUGUGACCUCAGUUAUGUAGAUGUUUUUAAACUAUGAGAGGAUAAAUAUUCGUUUUAGAAAUUUUCACGACUACUGUAGUAAUUUAGAUGAAAUUUUCAUAUCAACUUAUUUUAUACAAUGAAUAUCUGUAAUAAAUAAAGUUUUCAACUAGAUCACAUUUUUAAAAUCUAACAUUUGGUGUUAAUUAACAUAUUCUUAAGUAGGUAUAUUAUGCAAAGGAAUUAGUAUGUAUUAUACUGAAUAAUUCUGUGAUGCUGAAGCAUUUAUGUUGACAUAUUUUUAAAAAGAUAAACAUUCUAUCAAUCAAUAAACAAUGUAAACAGCCUGUACAUUGUCAGUUUUUGUAUAAGUGUAGUGUAUGCUUCUUCAUAACUGAUUUGUGAUGUUCCUAGUUGUGCCAAAGGAUUCUUGCACUCAAGAUAUCUGCAGUAAAUAACCAUUUACUAGGAAAGGGUACAAUGAAAUGAUAUUGUUUAUUUGCUGUUCUCAACAAGCCGAUGAUGUUUUUCUGCAGGAUUUUGUUAGUAAAUUGGAGUACAGUCGAAUGUAUUAAUUUAUGGUGCUUCAAAGACUGUUUUGCUGUUUAAUUUUAUUUCAUGUAAAAAUAAUAAAUAUAAGGGUAUAGAAUAAGGUCAAUGUAAAUACUACAUUCUGUAGGAAUUAAUAAUUCUGGAACAUUCUUCUGUAGUCAUACUUAAUUUUAAAA